UAAGAACCCAGAGACUUAUAUCGCAGAACAUGCUUCCGCCGAGCUCAGAAGAAGAGAAGAGAAGAAGGAAGAGGCAUCUUCAUUACCAAGAUGGUUAAAGGGCGCCAAGGAGAACGUGUUAGACUUUAUGUCAGGGGCUCAAUUCUUGGAUACAAGAGGUCCAAGUCGAAUCAGUACCCAAAUACUUCUCUCAUCCAGAUUGAGAAUGUAAACUCCAAGGAAGAAGUUGCGUGGUACGCUGGGAAGCGCAUGGCUUACAUUUACAAAGCCAAGGUAAAGAAGAACGGCAGCCACUAUCGAUGCAUUUGGGGUAAGGUCACCAGACCUCAUGGUAAUAGUGGUGUCGUUAGAGCUAAGUUCAAGUCAAAUCUGCCGCCAAGAUCGAUGGGAGCAAGGGUGAGAGUGUUUAUGUAUCCAAGCAAUAUAUGAGAUUCUCAGGACUCGUUGGUCGUGGGGCUUGUUUGUUUGGAUACUUAACACAGAUUUGCAUUAUGCGAGUCAAUUUUUUAUGUUUCUUUUUAGCUCGUGAGCAGAAUUGUAUCUCGUUUAGGAUGACAAAUGAAUCGUAUGUUUCUUCAUCAAGGAGGAUUUCGAGUCUUAAUUUUAUAAAUGGAUUUUUUUACUCAACUCUUUCACCUUA